AACACUCGGGCCUUUGAGCAUUCGUGACUACUUGGCAUCUCUAAAGCAAACCUUGCUGUGAUGUGGCCACUUACAAUCAUUAGUCUCUUAUUGUGUUUUGUGCCCUCCUAUCAACAGUUCCCCCGUCUGUGUGCCACCCGGGAGGCCUUGCGCACAAAGGAGUGCUGCCCGCCUUGGGAAGGAGACGGUUCGCCCUGCGGCGCCAGCUCGGGUCGAGGCUCCUGCCAGGAUGUGGAGGUGCCGGACCGGCCGGACGGGCCGCAGUUUCCCUUCUCGGGGUUGGAUGACAGAGAGAAGUGGCCCUUGGUUUUCUACAACCGGACUUGUCAGUGCGCGGGGAACUUCAUGGGUUUCAACUGCGCGGAUUGUAAGUUUGGCUUCUUCGGGGUGAACUGCAAUGAGAGGAGAGAGUCUCUCAGGAGGAACAUAUUCCACCUGUCCCGCGCCGAGAGGAUUCGGCUCGUGUCUUACCUCAACUUGGCCAAGCAGACAGUCAGCAGAGACUAUGUUGUGGCCACUGGGACCUACCAGGAGAUGGAAAACGGCUCCAACCCGAUGUUCGCUGAUGUGUCUUCGUAUGAUGUCUUUGUGUGGAUGCAUUACUAUGUGUCCAGAAACGCGCUGCUCGGCGGGCCGGGGAAUGUGUGGACCGAUGUGGACUUUGCCCACUGGGCGCCUGCGUUUCUGCCGUGGCACCGCGCGUACCUGCUGCAAUGGGAACAUGAGAUCAGGAAGCUGACCGGAGACAUGAGCUUCACCAUCCCGUACUGGGACUGGAGGGAUGCCCAGGGAUGUGACGUGUGCACGGACGAGCUGAUGGGGGCCCGGAGCUCCCAGGAUCCCAGUCUCCUCAGCCCAGGCUCGGUUUUCUCUUCUUGGAGGAUACUGUGCUCCCGUGCAGAGGACUACAGUGAAAGGGGUGUGUUGUGUGAUGCUGAAGAAGAAGGCCCGUUGCGUCGUAACCCGGGAAACCACAACCGCAACGUGGUUGAAAGAUUACCAACUUCAGCAGAGGUGGAGUUUACUCUCAGUUUGACCGACUAUGACACAGGAGCCAUGGACCGCAGUGCCAACAUGAGCUUCAGGAACACUCUGGAAGGAUUCGGGGAUCCUCAGACCGGGUUAGGAAACAGCUCUCGUAUGGGCAUGCAUGCUGCUCUUCACGUGUACAUGAAUGGAUCCAUGUCCUCAGUGCAGGGCUCAGCCAAUGACCCCAUAUUCCUUCUCCACCAUGCUUUUGUCGACAGCAUUUAUGAGCAGUGGCUCAGGAGGCACAGACCAUCUCUGUCGCAGUAUCCAGACUCUGAUGCUCCGAUAGGGCACAACAGCGAAUACCACAUGGUGCCCUUCCUGCCCCUGUACAGAAACAGAGAGUUCUUCAUCUCCAGCAAAGACCUGGGAUAUGAAUAUACGUAUCUGCUAGAUGCUAACCAGAGGCUAGCAGAGUCCAUGCGUCCUUACCUGGAGGAACUGCAGGAUGUGUGGCCCUGGCUGCUGCUCGCAGGUCUCUGUGGAGGAAUUGUAGCUGUGACCCUAACUGCUGCCAUCCUAGCUGCAAAACGGCGAUAUGGAGGGUCGACUUGGCUGCAUGUGAACAAGUGGAAAAACUUAUUUGCUCUCCCAGAAAGACAGCCACUUAUCUGGAGCAGUGACACAGAGGAAACCAAACACCGUAACUACCAAACAACUAUCUGAAGGCACA